UGGUGUGUGCUGAAACGUGUCUCCCCUUUCAGCGUAUUUCCUUUCUUUUCACAGAGGAAACCAAACCUGGAGAAGCACACCGACUAUUGACUCUCACUUGGCUUGGAGGGCCCAGCAGAGUAACUGGCUGCUGCGGGGCUGGAUAGAUGGAUGGAAGUGGGUGCUGAGGCUGGCAGUGCAGUCACUCCACACCAGAUGAGCAGCAGAGCUCUCCUAACUUAGAGGAAUAUGUUGAUAUUACCACCAUCAUGAAGGAAAGACUGAGACCACAGAACACCGAUGGUGUCCUAAUGUUGUGUUGAGAGAAGCCCAGAGUGGAGCCCAGAUCCUGUUGUGGGCAUAUUAAAUCCCCCACCAUCACGACACCCCGCCUUCCCUCCUCUGGUCGACCGGGAAACAGACAGAAAACUGUCCUGAGCGGGACAGCAUCCUCGUCUGCCUCGUCUGCCUCCUCGGCCUCCGUCCUCCGCCUCCUCAUGUUCCUUCGGGCGGAGCGGAGGGCAGGGCGAGCACGAACAGCCUGCCGGCCGUGGCCACAUGCUCCGUGACGGGGGGAUGGCGCUCCAGAGGAGGCUGGUUGCUGGCAUGCUGACCAUCAUCUUCCUGCUGUGUGUCUACAUCCUGUGUGGGAACCUGGUGACUCAGUCCGGGUCCUCGCCUCCUCCGAAGCCUUCGCAAGGCCUCACAAAGGGGACGGGCAGCGGCUCACGAGACUCCGAGGAGCCUCUUGACAGAAAGAGCAACAGUGACCAGUGGAGCCAACCGCCCCCUGCAUCCACCUUUCACCCAGAGCUCUCCUCUGAAACAGUUCUGCACGGACACACACGAGCCACACACACUCCAACUUUAAAGACUCAAACAUCCACAACUGCUGAGCAGCCAAAACUGGCAGAGUUGAAAGUCCUGGAUGUCUCAAAGUCCAGCUAUGAUGGUGUGGGUGUAACCAGGACCAGUACCAAAGGCCCCGCACUGCAGCCUCAGCAGUCCACGCAGGCAACCAGACCAACAGAGCCUCCCUUCAUCGGAGAUGCUUACAUGAGUGAAGACAUCACUCCACAAACAGACUGCCCGGACAGCAUCAGAAGUCAAGUUGCAAAAACUGACUUCGGGGGACAGUUUCUGAAAAAUAUUCCAGUGCUGCAGUGGGCCAAACAUGUAACUCCUGAACAACACCAGCGCCUGAGGAAGUACCCAGGAGCACACGGCUGGGGAGGGAUCGAUUACAAAACACUGGUGGAGACUCUCUCAGUCCUCAACUCCUCUGCUAACUGGCAGAUGUUGGACGACUGGAGGGAUCGCAGCGAUAAAUCAAAGUGUAUCCGCUGUGCUGUGGUGGGCAAUGGAGGGAUACUGAAGGAAUCAAAGAAAGGGAAGGAGAUAGACAGUCAUCACUAUGUCUUCAGGACCAAUGGGGCGAUCAUUAAGGGCUUUGAGCAGGAUGUGGGGUCUCGGACCACCCACUACACUUUCUCCACCAACACACUGAUGAACUCCAUGAGGAGCUACGCGGGACUCGGGUAUAAAGGACCGCCUCAGUCUAAGGAAACACGGUAUGUCUUUCUGCCUGAUCAUGAUCGGGAUUACCUGCUGAUGAAGGCUGCAGCGACACACACUCAAGUAGAGAGAGGGCCUGAGCGAGCCAAAGAUCCAUCCAAGUACUUUGGAGAGGACGUGUCAGCAGAGAAGCUGAAGAUGUAUCACCCCGAUUUCGUCCGUUAUCUCAGAAACAGAUUCCUCCGGUCUAGCGCUCUAAAAACCAAAUAUAAGGACAUUUAUCGUCCGUCAACGGGAGCUGUGAUGUUGCUGGCUGCGCUGCACACCUGCGACCAGGUGAAUGCAUACGGCUUCAUGACCCCAGACUAUAAGAGCUACUCUGACCACUACUACGACAGCAGCUACCACCCAGUGGGCUUCUUCAUAAACCACGACCUGCAUAUGGAAAUGACUUUGUGGCAGCAGCUGCACCAGGCGGGCCUCAUACAACUAUACAUGCACACGUGAUUUGAGGUCGGCUGAAUGACGUCAGCCUGUCUGCACACAAGUUACCAGCAUGAUCAUGAAGAGACUGGAAGUCCAAACACAGCCAACCCUGCCUUUUUUUUUUUUUUUUUUUAUAAAUGACUCUUUGAACUGAGCAGAACAAAAAAUGUAGCAGAGGUUUUCUUUUUAUGAACAAAAUAAGGAUUCUUAUUUUUAAAUGACAACUGCUGUGUUGUUCAAGAAGCAGAUUUAAUUUUAUUUAGCAAAAAGAAACCAUUUCAUUAUUCCAGAAAGCAUGGUUUGGUGAUUUGUAGGUUAAAUAGAUUUAGCUAUGGUAUCAGUGUGGCUGUAAGAAGACCACUGUUUCUAGUGUCAACUCCUUUGGUCUGGACUGAAAUAUUAUGAAAACAAUCCAACACAUUGCCAUUAAAUGUUGUAUCAAGGUCCCCAGAGAUUAUUCUAUCAACUUUUGAACUAGCGCCACCAUCAGGUCAAACACCUUUAUGACCAAAGACCUACAAAACUCACAACAUUCCCAUUAGGCCCAUCUUUUGCAAAAGAUAAGCUAAUGUUAGCAUGGUAAUACACUAAACUAAGACACUAAAACAGUAAACAUUUUAUCUGCUGAGCAACGGCUCAUCAACAUUAUGUUUUAUUAUGUAGGUUGAAGCACUGCUGCAAUGUAUUGUUGAGCAGCUGAAUAGGAAAUUUUUUAUAUCAACCCUUGUAUUUUAAUUCAGAGUCAGAGAUAUUGGGAAUCUCUGACAAUGACAAUAUCUCCUGCACUGUCAACAAACCACUGGCUAAAAUGGCUGCAAACCGGCUGGUCUAAAGUGAAAUUCAAUAUUAACACUAAUGUAACUGAUUCAGGAGCUGUACACAGUCUUUUCAUAUUUGGUGUUUUUUGUUUAAUGUUAAUUUAUUCUUGUUAAUUUCCACAGCAAAUUUUUUUAUUGAUUUUUAUUUAUGCUGCUGAGAAUCACCCCCACCCCAGUUUAUCUCAGUUUCAGACUAGACUUCUUAUGAUCUGCAAGUCACCCAAACCAUGUUCACUGCACUUGUACUAUCGUACAAUCAGUCUCUGGUUGAAUUAAAGUGGACUUGUUACUGUGUGGUACAGUGAGUUGAGGAAGGACAAGACUGCAGCUGAGUUGGCCACUUGCUUAAAAUAUCCUGUCUCCCCACCCUAAAUAGAUGGUUAGAGCACUGCUGGCAGUGGCCAAGGUCUAUUCUGACAUUUACUCACAUUAUGUUCUUUCUCUGAGUCUGUCUAUAUGUCUGUCUGUGUGUGAUUUACUGUGGAGGCUAAAGAACCCUCACUGAAUGUGGCUAUAAAGCUCAAUGGGAUAAAUAUUUGAACCUGAAAUUGUGUUUACUUUAAGGGACUUAGCUUAUUUUUUCUUUGGUCUUAUAUCUCUUUAGCACAUAAGUGUACUCUGUUAAACGAGGUGCUACACUGAUGAUAAAAACACUGUGUAGGCUCUACAGGAUUUUCAGUGCCUUUAAUGUGAAUCAUUAGCUUGGAUGGAACGUUGUGACUGAGGUGGACAUUUGUGAUUCAGGACGUCUCCACAACAACAAGAACAAGGACGUCAGUGGCCUUUUCUCUAUGUUUGGAUUUCUAGACCGUCACCAAGGACUUGUCUCUAGGAAUCUGCUCGUUCAUCCACCACACCUGGACUCCUCUCUGAGCCGUGACAGUGAAGGGUCUAAGUUCAGUGAGGUUUACUGUAGCCUCUCAUGAAUCAUCAGUGACAACAUACUGCAGGUCUGAGAUGGAAGGAAGACACAAGAAACCAAAGACACAUUGUAAAUCAGGGAAUAUUUCAAAUGUACUUUGUAUGUGGAACAAAUUCAACCUAACUGAUCCAGUCUUCUGGAAUAGUGGGUCAUAUUUUUACAAUGUGUGACGGGAGGAAGGGGAGACCUUUAUAGUGCAAUUUCUGACUCUGAUUUUGACCUUUUUAAAAUCUGCAUAAAAUGAAACUGUGAUUUUA